GACUCGGCAUGGCGGCUCAGUGAGGCCGGCGGGGAGAGAGAGCGGCACGGAGGGAGUCGAAAGUCGAGGAGAGAGUCAAGGAGAGAGCGGAGAGAGAGCGGGGAGAGUCGAGGAGAGAGUCAAGGAGAGUGUGGGGAGAGAGAGUCAAGGGGAGAGCGGGGAGAGUCGAGGAGAGAGUCAAGGGGAGAGAGCGGGGAGAGUCAAGCAGAGAGCGACAGGGGAGAGAGUGGCACGGAGGGAGUCGAGAGUCGAGGAGAGAGUCAAGGAGAGAGAGCGGGGAGAGUCAAGCCGAGAGCAGGGAGAGAGCGACGAGAGAGCGGAGAGAGUCGAGGGGAGAGAGUGGCAGGGAGAGAGUCGAGGAGAGAGUCGAGGUAGGGGGUAGAGAGUCUGGGAGAGAGUCGAGGAGAGAGUCGAGGGGAGAGAGCGGCAGGGAGAGAGUCGAGGGCAGCGUUACAGCGGGCAACAACGACUCCUUGAAUAACGAGAGAGCGAGAGAGUCCCCUUCCUCUCCCUUACACAGAGACAGAGAGAGAGGACACUGGGAGUGAGAGUCCAGGCGGGGCAGAGUCGAGAAGAGAGAGUCGAGGGGAGAGAGUCAAGCAGAGAGAGUCUGGGAGAGAGUCAAGGAGAGAGUCAAGGAGAGAGUCGAGAAGAGAGUCGAGAAGAGAGUCGAGAAGAGAGUCGAGAAGAGAGUCGAGAAGAGAGUCGAGAAGAGAGUCGAGAAAAGAGUCGAGAAAAGAGUCGAGGAGAGAGAGAGUCGAGAAAAGAGUCGAGGAGAGAGUCGAGGAGAGAGAGAGUCGAGGAGAGAGAGAGUCGAGGAGAGAGAGAGUCGAGGAGAGAGUCUAGAAAAGAGUCAAGGAGAGAGAGAGUCGAGAGGAAAGUCUGGGAGAGAGUCGAUGUAGUGGGGGGGGGGGGGUUAGAGAGUCAAGGAGAGAACGAGGAGAGAGUCGAGGUAGGUAGGGGGGGGGUGGUAGAGGUUCACAGCCGGCAACAACCCCGAACCCCACCGCACCACCUCCUGCUGUAACAGCGACCCGGGAGAGUUUCCUCUCCUCCUCCUGCUGCACACACACACACAGAGAGCGAGUUGUGGGGGAGUUGAAGCGGCUUCUCCUCCAUCGUCGUCGUCGCCAUGAACUCUGACAAGGAGCUGGCUCCACUCACGCCGGCCAUCGUCCGCGCACUCAACGACAAACUCUACGAGAAGCGCAAAGUGGCGGCGCUGGAGAUCGAAAAGCUGGUGCGAGAUUACGUGCAGCAGAACAACACAGCGCAGAUCAAGCACAUCAUCGCCAUCCUCUCGCAGGAGUUCGCGCUCUCCCUGCACCCACACAGUCGCAAGGGCGGCCUCAUCGGCCUCGCCGCCUGCGCUAUUGCGCUGGGAAAGGACUAUGGCGUCUACCUCAAGGAGCUGAUGGAGCCGGUGUUGACAUGCUUUAACGACCCCGACAGCCGGCUGCGCUACUACGCCUGCGAGGCGCUCUACAACAUCGUGAAGGUGGCACGCGGCUCCGUGCUGCCCCACUUCUGCGAGCUCUUCGAUGGACUCAGCAAGUUGGCUGCCGAUCCAGAUCCGAAUGUGAAGAGUGGCUCCGAGUUGCUCGACCGGCUGCUAAAGGACAUCGUGACGGAAAGCAGCAAGUUCGACCUCGUGGCGUUCGUGCCACUUUUGCGGGAGAGGAUAUACACGCAGAACCAGUACGGCCGCCAGUUCAUCAUCUCCUGGAUCGCGGUGCUCGAGUCGGUGCCGGACAUCAAGCUGCUGGGCUUCCUCCCCGAAAUUCUCGACGGCCUCUUCGAGAUCCUCGGUGACCAGAGCAAGGAGAUCCGCCGCAUGUGCGAGUGCGUGCUUGCAGAGUUCCUCAAGGAAAUUAAGAAGAACCCGGCCAAUGUGAAGUACAGCAACAUGGCCAACAUUGUGCUCGUGCACUGCCAAGCCUCCGACGAGCUCACCCAGCUGACGGCCAUGACGUGGAUCCGGGAGUUUGUGCAGCUCGCGGGCCGCCUCAUGCUGCCCUUCGCUGCGGGAGUCCUUAACGCCGUGCUGCCCUGCCUGGGCAACGACGACCCCAAGAGGAAGAACAUCAAGGAGGCGGCAAGUGCGUGUAACCUGAGCCUCAUGAGGCUGGUGCUGCCUGAGGAUGACCUGGAUGCCGUGCCACCCUCGCCCGUGUCCCCUUCUCUCGCGGCUCAAGCCGGCACCGGUGACGUCCUGCAGCCGCGGCCUGAAGCCAGCCUGGAGGAGUCCCAGGAGAGCGCACCGGAGGCGUCAACAGAGGUUGACAUGGAAUCCUUGGCCGUGAGGUUGGACCUGGACAGCAUCGUCAACGUCCUGGCUCACCACCUGACCCACGACUCCAUGCUCACUCGCAUCGCCGUCCUCAAGUGGAUCUACAGCCUAUACACGAAAACGCCGAGGAAGAUGUUCCGUCACACGGAGCGGCUCUUCCCGGUGCUGCUCAAGACGCUGUCGGACGACUCGGAUGAGGUGAUCCUCAAGGACCUGGAGGUGUUGGCAGAGAUUGCCUCGUCUCCGGCCGGCCAGCUUGCCGAGGCCUUGUCUGGCGACGGCGGCGGCAGCGCGAUCUCGGGCACGGCGCCUGGCCUGCAUGCGCCACCUCAUCUCAGCACCAGCCCGGGCAGCUCCGCAGGCUCGGCAGCUUGGAAGGCCACAGACCGAUCGCCGCUGUCUCCCUCCAUGAACUCCUACUUCCAUCGCUUCAUGAUCAAGCUGCUCCAGUGCUUUGGCACCGAGCCUCGACUCCUGGAGCAUCGCGGAGCCUUCAUCAUCCGGCAGCUGUGCCUGCUGCUCAACGCGGAGAACAUCUUCCACGCCAUGGCGGAGAUCUUGCUGGCGGAGGGCGACCUGCGCUUCGCCUCCACCAUGGUGCAGACGCUCAACUCCAUCCUGCUCACGUCCACCGAGCUCUUUGAGCUACGCACCCAGCUCAAGGACCUGCACACCGCCGAGAGCCGUGCCCUGUUCUGCUCGCUGUACCGCUCCUGGUGCCACAACCCCGUGGCGACCGUGUCGCUGUGCUUCCUCACCCAGAACUACAAGCACGCCUACCACCUCAUCCAGAAGUUCGCAGGACUGGAGGUGACGGUGGACUUCCUCACGGAGGUGGACAAGCUGGUGCAACUCAUCGAGAGCCCAAUCUUCACAUACCUCCGGCUUCAGCUGCUGGACGUGGAGAGCCACCCGUACCUCAUCAAGGCCCUGUACGGCCUGCUGAUGCUGCUGCCACAGAGCAGUGCCUUCACCCUGCUGCGUCAGCGCCUGGCCUGUGUGCCGGACCCGCAGCUCAUGGUCGCGGAGCGCCGGGAGGGUAUGGACGCGCAGAAGAAUUCUACGGAACACCAGGAGCUGCUGCGCAACUUCGAGCAGAUGCAGGUCCGGCACCAGCAGGCCAAGCGGCAGCGGCAAGGCCCGGAGCAACGCUUCGCUUGAGCCGAGGAGGGGGGGGGUACCCCCCCCGUAAAAAAUAAAAUCUUUAAACGACGACGAGACUGGAAAACCGGCGAACGAAACCUCCACCAUUCCAUUAGUGACAGAGCGGACAGCGGAUCCCGUCUAGCGAUUUAAGUAUGCGGUGUAAAACAAACGUGCUACAGGUCCAUAUUAUACCAAGAAACCGAAUACCCUUGCUACGAUAAGGACAUUAUUACAACACAACUGCAUUAUCGCAGUGCUAAGUUGGUGUGUGUGCGUGCGUGUGUAUUUGGGGAGUGGUAGUCUCGCGGUUAGCGCACUGUGCUAUGAACCCGGCUACCCAGGUUCGAUUCCCGCUCGCGGUCAACAUCGGCGACGGAUUAUCUGAACCCGUCCUGGGCCUCCCCUAGGUCUACUCGGCCUCAAAUGAGUACCUGGUGCAUUGUGUAUGAACAUCGCCACUGGGGAGACGAAGGCGGCCGGUCGUGGUGCUGGCCACCCACCCCCUCGUGUGCCGUGCCGGCCUUCACAGGUGCUGCUCGCUUAAUAGCACUUUCCCCAAAAGUCUGUUACGGGGGCAGACGGGGGGAGAUCUUUGUCUUUGUGUGUGCUAAGUUUGUUGAUGCACCGCUGUGUUUCUGGCAAUGCGGAGUGGGAUUCUGCGCUACUGUAACUUGACACGGGUGACACGGGAGCCAACCCCCACCGACCCCCUCUGUAUGUCAUAUGUGCCGUGAAGCUGCUGUGUCCGCGCGGGUAUAAACGAAUCUCGACGUGUGUACAAAUAAAGCCAUCCGCACACUUAAUAAACGUGGCCUGCGUUAAGGCUUGCGCGAGCAUGGCGGCGCGAUGGGGUCGGCGAACGCGUCCGAAACGUGCGUGUGUAAAUAUUCUCUGAAUGUGCGAAGUUUAACGUGGAGGGUAACAACGUUAACGGGCGGGCUGACAUGUACACACGUACACACGUACAGAUCUCUGCAAGCCUGUGUUGUGUAAUCACAGCGUCGCAACUCCUGUUCUACGUGGGUGCAGCCGUGCGUGGCGUCGUCGGCAUCAUCGCCGCCUGUUGAGACGGCAUCUCGAUUUGAACGAGGGUUUUGUUAUAAUUUAAUAAAUCGUUUUCCUGCUCGUUAAGGUC